UUCCACGCCUGCUACCAUUCGGUUAGUCCUACUCGUAGUCAGUCGUCGUCGCUUCGAAUUCGAAAGCAAAGAUUGCUAGAUUACCUUAGUUCGGUUUGACAGAAGAAUCAAAUAAAAUCAAAAUGGUCGGUCAGAAUAUGAUUGGUUCGAUUCCGGAGUUCUGCGGUUCGGUCGAUGACUGGAACGUGUACCAGGAACGGUUGGAGCAGUUUUUCGAGGUUAAUGACAUCUUGGAAACGAAGCGGGUGGCCCUGCUGAUCUCGGUCAUCGGAGGAGAUUCGUACAAGACCUUGAGAGAUCUGUGCCACCCGGUGCUCCCGAAGAACAAGACCUUCGAUGAGUUGUGUGCCCUGCUCCGGAAACAGUACAGCCCCCAGGUGGCCGUCUUCCGGGAGCGAACCAACUUCUACAACAGUCGCCAGGAGGGACACGAGAAUGUGACCCAGUGGUUCGGACGGCUCAAGAAAUUGUCGGUUGACUGCAAAUUCGGUGAGAAUCUGGAAGCCAUUUUGCUGGACAAGUUCGUCACUGGACUGCGAAGUGGCCAGAUUAUGGACCGAUUGUGCGAAGAGAACGAAAACCUGACCCUGGAAUCGGCCCUGGAACUGGCCGUGAACAAGGAGUGUGCCAUCAGUGGACAAAAUCAGCAUUAAGUUGGGGGUGUAUGAUUGCAUGUGAGGGUUCGAUGCGAUGCGAGUGCUUGAGUGAAUGUAUGAGUCAUUUGUGGGAUUAAAGUGGUCUCAACCUGACGAAGUGAUAAUCUAGAUUAUUUAUUUUUAAAUUAGAUAAGAUAGCAUUAACAAAUUGAAUAAAAAGCAAGCUAAAUCUAAA